CGGGGGGUGUGCUGCGCCGUGGUCUGCCGGCUCCCGGCUCCCGGUCCGGAUAAUGACAGGUGCCUGCUCGGUAGCCUGCGUGAGCCGGGCGCCGUGUCUGGGCGAGUUUGGGCCGGUUCUGUGGGCACGUUGACUCAGCGUUUCCCUUUGGGCUGGUCAAGUUCGGACACGUUCCUAAGACGCAGUCAGAGGAGCUAAGCCCUGACUUGUCUCCAGCUGGGGCUAUUUAAACCAGGCUUUUCCCCAGCUGGAUUCGCCGGCGAUUGCAGAUAGGUACCCGGGGUCGGCGACGUAGAGCACUUACUUUACCCUGAUCCAGGCAAAUGUGCAAUACCAACAUGUCUGUGUCUACUGAUGGUGCUGUAAGCACCUCACAGAUUCCAGCUUCGGAACAAGAGACCCUGGUUAGACCAAAGCCUUUGCUUUUGAAGUUGUUAAAGUCUGUUGGUGCACAAAAAGACACUUAUACUAUGAAAGAGGUUAUAUUUUAUCUUGGCCAGUAUAUUAUGACUAAACGAUUAUAUGAUGAGAAGCAACAGCAUAUUGUGUAUUGUUCCAAUGAUCUUCUAGGGGAUUUGUUUGGAGUGCCAAGCUUCUCUGUGAAAGAGCACAGGAAAAUAUAUACAAUGAUCUACAGAAACUUGGUAGUAGUCAAUCAGCAUGAAUCAUCAGAUUCAGGCACAUCUGUGAGUGAAAAUAGGUGUCACCUUGAAGGUGGGAGUGAUCAAAAGGACCCUGUGCAAGAGUUGCAGGAAGAGAAACCUUCAUCUUCAGAUUUGGUUUCUAGACCAUCUACCUCAUCUAGAAGGAGAACAAUUAGUGAGACAGAAGAACAUUCAGAUGAAUUACCUGGAGAACGGCAGAGAAAGCGCCACAAGUCUGAUAGUAUUUCCCUUUCCUUUGAUGAAAGCCUUGCUCUGUGUGUAAUAAGGGAGAUAUGUUGUGAAAGAAGCAGUAGCAGUGAAUCAACAGGGACGCCAUCAAAUCCGGAUCUUGAUGCUGGUGUAAGUGAACAAUCAGCUGAUUGGUUGGAUCAGGAUUCGGUUUCAGAUCAAUUCAGUGUAGAAUUUGAAGUUGAGUCUCUCGAUUCAGAAGAUUAUAGUCUUAGUGAAGAAGGACAAGAACUCUCAGAUGAAGAUGAUGAGGUAUAUCGAGUAACUGUGUAUCAGGCAGAGGAGAGUGAUACAGAUUCAUUUGAAGAAGAUCCUGAAAUUUCCUUAGCUGACUAUUGGAAGUGUACUUCGUGCAGCGAAAUGAAUCCUCCUCUUCCACCUCAUUGCAACAGAUGUUGGGCCCUUCGUGAGAAUUGGCUUCCUGAAGAUAAAGGGAAAAUGCCUGAGAAAGCCAAACUAGAAAACUCAACGCAAGUAGAAGAGGGCUUUGAUGUCCCUGAUUGUAAAAAAUCUUCAGUGAGUGAUUCCAGAGAACCGUGUGCUGAGGAAAAUGAUGAUAAAAUCACACAAGCCUCCCAAUCCCAAGAAAGUGAGGACUUUUCUCAGCCAUCAACUUCUAAUAGCAUCAUUUAUAGCAGCCAAGAAGAUGUCAAAGAGUUUGAGAGGGAAGAAACACAAGACAAAGAAGAAAUUGUGGAAUCUAGUUUUCCCCUUAAUGCCAUUGAACCUUGUGUGAUUUGCCAAGGUCGACCUAAAAACGGUUGCAUUGUUCAUGGCAAAACAGGACAUCUUAUGGCAUGCUUUACAUGUGCAAAGAAGCUAAAGAAAAGGAAUAAGCCCUGUCCAGUAUGUAGACAACCAAUUCAAAUGAUUGUGCUAACUUAUUUCCCUUAAUGGACAUGUCUAUAAAAGUAGAGCCUUAUAUUUCUAACUAUAUAACCCUAAAAAUUUAGACAACAUAAAAUUAUUUUUUUACACAUAACCAAUGGAAGAAAUUAUCUGUACAUGUAGAUUUCUUCUCUGUAGUGUAAUUUACCUACUUUGGGAGGGGCAGUAGUAAGUACUUCUUUUAGAAAAAUUUCACUUUUGUUUAUAUUUGGGUUUUAAUGUAAUUAAAAUUGGACAUAUAGCUCAUCCUUAACCCUUACUCUUCAUAUCUUAAAUGAUUUCCACUCCCUUAAAAUUUAGAGAAGUACCUGAUUU